GCAUACCCAGCGCGAGAGAGAACAGUGUGUGUGCGAGUAGCACCUAUUCCUCUCUCUCCCUCGAAGGCAAAUGCUGGCGGAUGAAAAUAGCGCUUCAGUCCCUACUCAAUAGUCGUGCGAACACCACACACACACCCAGCGCACACCGAAAAGUGACCAGUGACGUCACCCAACGCACCCUACCUGAUGGUAGCUUCGCCACCCUGACCAGCAACCAUGGGGUGUUUACAGUCGUACUUUAAAAAGGCUCAAACCGCCGCUCUUUCUGGUGUGACGACCGUCAAAGCCGAGACUCAGGAGGUAGCGCAAAAUGAGAAGCCCGCCGUCCUCGCCGAAGCCCCCAUCAAUGAUGUUCCGCCAGUCCGACCACCGCGCUCCCCAACCACCGACUCCGGCAAAGCGAGCGGCACCAGUUCUCCAGUUUCACCAUCAAGAACGCCGCAAGCCCAAGCUGUGAAAACAAAACUCACUACUACGGGGGAGAAACUUCCGAGUCCAAUUCUGCAGCAGGCCAUCACCAAGGCAUUAUUUUCUGACGAGGAAUCGUCAAAGUCACCGGUUUCGAGUGGCUCGCCUAUUCAGUCCGGCGCCACUUCUUCCGAGGAUAAAAUUCUGGGGAGAGAUGUGGUUGCCUCGCCCAUGAGCAGCAACACUGAGAAGAGCUUUGGAUUUAACAAUUUGAAAAAUUUCAGUUCGCCAGUUAAAGAUUUGCUUUCAGAAGGAUCGAAAUCUGUCAGUUCUGGACUAAACUCUGCCACUUCUAAAGUUGAAGAGCUUGAAAAUGAGGCAAAGAAGACGGCUGAGUCUGCGCAAUCUCAGGCAGAAAGCAGAAUUAGCUCGGCCAAGAGUGAAAUCGACAGUAAGGUCAGUGAGGCUGAAAGCAAAGUCGAAGAAGUGAAAUCCCAAGCUGAAAGCUUUGCUUCUGAAGCAAAAGAUAAAGUUGAAGAGGCGCAGGAAAAACUGAAUGAAUUUGCAGCUGAGGUUGAAUCGAAAGCGGUGGAAGUCAAGAGCGACGUUGAAAGCAAAGUGGCCGAAGCGGAAGAAAGGGCGCUCUCUGAAUUGGACAGCACUAUUUCUGCAGCUGAAUCAAAAUUGGAAGAAGUAAAAUCCGAGGCAGAAAAUAAAAUUGUGGAAGUUGAAACUGAAGUAAAGGACACCGUGACUGAUGUCCAAAAUAAAAUUGAAGAGGUUCAGUCUGAAAUUUCCAGCAAAAUUGACGAGGUCAAGUCCGAAGCCGAAAGUGCAGUCUCGGAGGCACAGAGCAAAGUGGAGGAGGUGCAAACUGAAGUUUCAAGCAAAGUGUCUGAGGUGGAGAGCAAAGUCGAGGAGGUCAAAUCUGAAGCGCAAGUUUUGCUGACAGAGGCUGAAGCAAAAAUCGAGGAAUGCAAAUCUGCUGCUGAAAAUAAAAUCGAGGAGGUCAAAUCUGAUGUUGAAAGUACGAUUAUUGAAAUAAAAUCCGAGGCUGACUCUGCAGUUACUCAAGCUGAGAGCCAAAUCACUGAAAUUAAAUCUCAGGCUGAAAAUGAGGUAGAACAAAUUAAAUCAAACGUUGAAUCCAAAAUGGAGGAAAAAAUUGCAGAAGCUGAGAAUGUAAAGAGCGAAAUUGAAGAAAAAGCAGCAGAGCUGAAAAAUGAAGUGGAAGAAAAAGUAAAUGAAGUUAAAACGGAGGCCGAAGAAAAAGUUGCUGAGGUUACAUCUGAAAUACAGAGAUCUGCGUCACAGGCUGAGAACAAAAUUGUUGAACUACAGGAAGAGGUUGAAAGCGAAAUUGUUGAAAAAGUGAGCGUCGUUGAGAACGAAUUUACUUCGGUUAUUAACAAGGCCGAAGAUUUUGCUGCGGAAGCUGAGAGCGAGAUCCAGAGCCAAACAGAAAAGGCUGAAAAUGCAGCUACUGAAGUUGCAGCAACAGUAGGAGAGACCAUAAAUAGUGCCACAGAAGGUCUUCAAAAGUCGGUCAUUGAAAUAAAGGACGAAAUCAGCACAGAACUUGAGAGCCAAGAAAAAGCAGCUAACGAUCUUGUAAAUGACGCGCAAGAAAUUGUAAACGAGGGCGAGACGCAAAUUUCAGAAGUUGCAGAACAAAUAAAACCAGAAAAACUCUCCGUUUCUUUUGAUGAAAAAAUAGCCGAACUGACUGAAACUGCUAAUUCGGAAGUUGAAACUUUUGUCACUGAAACAGCAGCUGCAGUCGAGGAACAAAUCGAAACCACCAAAGAAGAGAAAGAAAAAGAAUUAGCCGACGAGCUUGAAAGCGUGCAGAAAAGUGCUCUGGCCGUAAUUGAAAACGUAAUUGCGGAAGCUGAGAGCAAAUUGGAGGCGGCAGCUGCUGAAUCAUUAAACUCAAUUGAAACUGCAACAACUGGUGCUGAAAAUCUGCAAGCUGAAAUUAUCACAGAAGCCGAGGAGACCGUUACUGAGCUCCAAACUGCAGAGGAAACGCUGGCCGACCAAGUGGCAGAGGAAGCGAAAAAUGUAGCUGAGGAAAUCAACUCAAACGUCGCUGAUCUGCAGGAAAAAGCCGAUAUUGCACUCGAAAGUCUUCAAAGCACUGCCGAUGAAAAGAAAGAUGAAAUUUUGGAAAUUUCCUCUAAGGUCAAGGACGAAGCGCAAAGUGUGGUGGAGGAAACGAUUGAAAGGGUUGCAUCUGCCACCUCUGAAGGCGCAUCUGAUUUAAUUGGCGCCGCCAACGAGAAACCUGACAGCGCUCUUAUUGAAGAGGCUGAACAAGUUAUUUCAAAAAUAGACGAAAUUUUUGAGCAGUCAGAAAACGCGACCUCAGCAGCCAUCGAGGAAAUCGCUUCUCCAAUAAUCGCCGCCAUUCAGAGUCCCGAACAGCCAUCUACAUGUGAUGAAAUCAGCACGGCCGUCCUUAACGACGAAGAGGUUGUUGCCCAGGAGAUUCCAGCUGCAAUAAUCCUCUCCGCAACCCCUGAUAUUAUUGAAAAGGAAUCGGAGGUGGAGGACACUGACAGAGUUUUGCGCUCUCCCUUUGAAGAAGAAAACGAGGCCAUCGACGCCGAGUACGACUCUCUGGAGCCGGAAAUUGAGUCUCCAAAGUCACCUAAACCCACCUCUCUCCUCAUCCCAACAGUUGCCACAAUUGACAUCACGCCCGCAACACCUCUCCCUUCUCCCUCCCAGGAAGAAGGAAUUUUUGACAAAGUCAAUUUCGAUGCCGAGGCUUUGAUUGAAAACACGCAAAACGCUCUUAAUAAUAAUGAGAGUAGUGGUGUCAAAAUUGAGUCUCUAGACGAGGAGUUGAUUGUUGUGACGACCGACGACAAUGGAGACAAGACCAUCUUGAUUGACUCAGCUGCCGUCCUGAUCAGACAAGAGGAGGAGGAAGAGGCCUCGGAGAGCCAGAGCAGUGCCCCAAUUGGGAAUGAGGGGCUCGGUGCCGUCAGCAGUGUCGUCAUUCGCUAUUCCAUCUCCGAUGGCGCCGUCGGUGCUCAGGGCGAGGAGGAGGAUGGUGCAGAGAGCGUGACUAAGAAGGCUGAAGAAAGUUUGGUGCAGGAGGACAAGGAAAUCGCCGACACUCUCAUCUCCGCAGUCAGGAAUUCAUAUGAGAGUUCUCCAGAUGAGGCAAGUGAGGGACAGGCGACGGCGUCCGAACCCGUAGAGGUCAUUUCCGAGCAAACGGCCAGCAGUAAGGACAUCCCAUCAUUGGAGUUGGAUGACUUGAAAAGAGAAGCGAUCAUCGUAGACGCCAUCGAGCUGAAAGUGGUGCAGGAAGGGCUUCAGCAAAUCAAGGAGGAGAGCAGCUUUGAGGUUUCCGCCAAAGAGGACGGUGUCCCUGAGUCAAAGGACCAAGAAGAGGUUGCUGCGACCAAAAUCCAAGCCUCCUUCCGAGGCUACAAAACAAGAAAGGCGCUUAAUGAUAAGACGGAUGAUGUGACCGCAGAUAAAAAUCCUAUGCCAUUAAUUAUUGAAGAAAAUCACACUCAAAUCACUGAAAUCGCAAACGAGCACGAUCCCGAAUCGCACCCCUCCGAGCCACCCGCCGAGGGCGAGAACAGCACGCCCCGCUCCGACGGCACCCUGAGCGACGUGCGUCCGCACUUUUCAGACCAAACCCCCACCCCCGAGGCGCCCGCCGAGCAGACCAUCCCUGCCUCGGCCGUCGAAGAACUUUUCUUCUCGUCGACGCACACGGCCGCCGCCCCGAUCGCGUUCCUUCCUGAAGAGCAAGAAUUGGGGGAGGAAUCGGUGCUGACGAGGGAGGAAAUCGAGGCCGCCGCGGCCCAAAUCAACCGUUCGCAAAACCUGAGCUGCUCCUCGGGCGAGUGUGGCGACGUCAGUGCCAGUCUGACAGAGACCCUUGACCCGAUCGCAGCCCCUUCCGAGGAGGAAACGGAGGCGGCCACGAAGAUCCAGGCGCACUUCCGCGGCCACCGCGCACGCCAGAGUCUGUUGCGGCGCGAGGACGCGUGCACGGCGGGGAGCAGUGCUGACGCACCUGCGGCCGAUUUGCGUCACUCGGGCGAGUUCCACGACAGUUUGGUGUUGCCACCGGCGCUCGCCACCGGCCUGCUGCUCCAAGCUGCUGGCCACUCGCCAAGCUCAGAGCGAACAGAAGCGGCCGACCAGCAAGAUGACAAGCAGCCGCUAGUCGACCCCGAGGGAAUGCCCACAGCUUUCUCCGACAACGAAAUGGAUUUCCUCGACAAGGCAGCCACCAAGAUCCAGGCCACGUUCCGCGGUUUCAAGACGCGCAGUGACCUGAGCAAGAAGCAGGGCAAGGAGGAAGAACCCGCGGCCCCCUCGAAGGAGGACCAUGCGGCCGCCUCCAAGAUCCAGGCGGGCUUCCGCGGCUUCAAGGUGCGCAAGGAGAUGAAGGAGGCCAAGUCGCCUCCGGCCGCGGCCAGUCCGGCCACGGACGAGGAGGAGCAGAGCGCCGUCAAAAUCCAGGCUGGCGUCCGCGGCUUCCUCACGAGGCAGCGACUGAAGAAGGAUAAGGCGGCGCCGCAGCCGCCACUGGAGCCGCAGCCGAGCAUCUCGGACGAGAUCAACGACGCUGUGGUCAAAAUCCAGGCUGGCUUUCGCGGCUUCAAGGCGAGGCAGGAGGUGAAAAACAUUCGCAGCGCGAACAAAUAAGUGAAAAAGUGUGCUCCAGGGUGAGUGAGAGAAAAAACGGACCCAAGUCGAAUUUUAUUAUUUUAAUGGUCUCGCUUCCAAUUUUAAUCUCUUCUUUUUUUAUCCGGAGCGCGCGCUGCCCCAUUUAUAAUUUAGAAUGUACGUGUUUUUGUUUCGUUCUCGUUAAUUGUAAAACGCAAUAACUCGCCGCGCUCUCGGUUUUUUUUAACUUUACUAUGCAUUAUUAUAUACGCACACAAUUCUACGUCGUUCUGCAUAUAUACGAAUUUUUAAUGGAUAUAUAAAAAUUGCUAGACUCUAUAUUUUACGCUAAUUAUUAAAUGGAUAAUAUUUAAUACGUGUAAAUAUGUAUCUGAAUGAAAAUGAGGUCACCAAUAAAUAACUUAAGUCUAAAGGAAUUCGCCAGAAUGAUUUAUCAUUGAG